CCGUGGCUCAGCCGUGACUCACUCCCCGUGUCACGGCACCCUCACGUCCUCCGACCACUGGCUCCACCGCAGCUCCGCAUUGGAGACCGUGCGCCACUAGGGGAGGCGUUUUACGCGCGACACCCACCGCCAGCGAACGCGCUCCAUCCUCCUGUUGCGCCACGCACAACUCAAAGCUGCUGGUGGGCGACGCACGAAACGGCGCCUGGCUGGACUUCCUCCCGUCGGACUCCUUGGAGCAAGCUGUUAAAUCUGCAGAGGACGGAGUCAUGGCAGGGUUCGGAGCGGCCAGUGGUGCCGCGUUCCCCGAGGACGGCACCCUCGGGACCGGCGGGUUUAUGGCGGCCGCGCGGACGGAAUCCCCCCACCUGCUGCCUGCGUUCUGGGAUUCCCCGCUCAGCCACGGGAUCAACGUGUUCGUGGGACUCGUCCUGUGCUUCACCAUGCUGGGGCUGGGCUGCACGGUGGACGUCGGCCAGCUCGGGCAGCACGUCCGCAGACCCGUCGGGGUGCUGCUGGCGCUGCUGUGUCAGUUCGUCAUCAUGCCGCUGGUGGCUUUCCUCCUGGCUCUCGCCUUCUCCCUGAACGACGUGGCGGCGAUGGCCGUGCUCCUCUGCGGCUGCUGCCCGGGGGGAAACCUGUCGAACAUCAUGUCUCUGUUGGUGCACGGGGAGAUGAACCUCAGCAUCAUCAUGACCAUAUCGUCCACUCUGCUGGCGCUCGUGCUGAUGCCCCUGUGCCUGUGGAUUUACAGCCGGGCGUGGAUCAACACCCCUGUGGUCAACCUCAUGCCCUUCGGGGCCAUCAUCCUGACCCUGUGCAGCACCCUCAUACCCAUUGGUCUAGGGGUUCUGCUGCGGUACCGACACACGCGUGUGGCCGACAUCGUUUUAAAGGCCUCCCUGUGGUCUCUGCUGGCCACCCUCAUCCUGCUCUUCAUCCUGACCGGAGCCAUGCUGGGCCCGGAGCUGCUCGCCACCAUCCCGGCCUCCGUCUACAUGGUGGCGCUGCUCAUGCCUCUGUGCGGCUACGCCGCGGGCUACGGCCUGGCGGUGCUCUUUGACCUGCCGCCCAGCAGCCGCCGGGCCGUCUCCCUGGAGACGGGCUGCCAGAACGUGCAGCUGUGCACGGCCAUCCUGAAGCUGGCCUUCCCCCCGCAGCUGAUGGGGGGCAUGUACAUGUUCCCCCUCCUGUACGCCCUGUUCCAGGCGGCCGAGGCGGGCGUUUUCAUCCUGGCCUACAGGAUGUACAGGAAAGAGGUCCUGCACAAGCCGGAUCCGGUGGGAGACGCCAUGGAUGCAGGCAUAACGUAUCAGAGGUUUCACGACGAUGAGGACUUGGACUCAUCCUAUGGCGCCGUGACAGUGAGUGACCCAAACACCAUCAUGCUGGAACCCUGUCCCCCCGAUCCAACUCCGGUUUAACGUCCUGAAUAUUCACUAUGACUUGACUGGUAAAAGAGGUGCUUUAUGUCAUAAGCUGUAUUUAGCUCAGCCGUGUGCAGGAUUCAUGUGCUACGACGUUCACAGAAACUCCUGUCACUUUGAAAAAAAUGAAUGGAUUCCACGCUCAUCAGUGAGUCGCACCGUCGGCGUGCGACAGUGUCAGUGCUUUAAAUCCGUGCGUGUUUGUGUGUAAGAAAGUGGGGAAAAAAAACACAACAUAUCAUAACAUAUGUGUGCAGGUUUCCAACCAUGCAGUGCCAAAAUGUGAACAAAAAUGUAAAUGUGUAUAAACAACUGUAUCAAAAUAAUAAAAGAUGUAUAGAACCGAGCUAAAAAGACCGACCUGCCUCUGA